GAUUGUGGUGAACAAAUGACACUGCAUCUUAUUCUGACAUGAAGAUAUAUGAUAAUUUCACAUUUGAUCUAUCAGGAACAUUGCAACCAUUUUCAUUUAUGAAUUUCACAGAAGUACAUCAAGGGAAGACCUGUGUUAAUUCAUCAGACUUAUCCUGUUUAAGAGUGUCGCCAACAGGAACUGAUGCGCUCUUGUAUAUGUGUGUAGCAGCAGUUAUUUUUGUGACAGUUUCUGGAAAUCUACUAGUGAUCAUUUCCAUCUGCCACUUCAAGCAGCUCCACACGCCAACCAACUUCAUCCUCCUCUCUCUGGCUAUGGCAGACUUUAUGGUUGGAGCAACUGUAAUGCCUUUCUAUUUUAUUGAGUUAGUAGAUCCUUACUGGUGCAUUGGUGGAUUGAAUUGCAUCAUGAAAAGUGUAUCUUCUUUUCUGACUUAUGCAACUUGUGUGUCAAUUUAUAGUGUAGUUUUGAUUGCAGUGGAUCGAUUAUUUGCCAUCAGCAACCCUUUUCUUUAUUCCACUAAAAUGACAGUGAGGCUAAUUAUGAGGGUCAUAUCGAUUAUCUGGUUGUGUGCAUUGGUAUACAAUACAAUGCUUGUUUAUUGCAAUGGCAGUCUGAAUUAUAUGAUGGGAAAUACUACAUGUGUUGACUGUACUAUUUAUAUGUCUCAAGAAUGGGUUACUGCUGACUUUUUUGUAAUACUUGUUGUGCCACUCACAACAAUUAUACUUAUUUAUCUGAAAAUUUUUGCUAUUGCCAAAAAGCAUGCAAAUAAGAUCACAUGUGCCAGACAACAGCAGUCAGAUAGCAAAAAAUGUAAUGCAAUGGCAUCUGAAAGGAAAGCAGCAAAAACUCUAUCAAUUAUUGUAGCCGUUUUCAUACUGUGUUUACUACCCUACUUUAUUAGUGUUGUAAUUUAUGUAUAUUUAAGUAAACCUUCUGUGUAUCUUUCACUUGUUCAUUCAGUAAGUAUACUUCAUAUCAAUUCUGCCAUCAACCCGAUAAUUUAUGCCCUAUUCUAUUCAUGGUUUCAAAAGUCUGUUAAACUCAUUUUAACACUUAGGAUAUGUGCUACAGAGUCUUCUCUGAUGAAUGUCCUUGCAAAAGAAACAUAAAAUGUUUGCUUUAUAUUAUAAUGAAACAAUCAAACUUUAUAAUUUGUCAUGAUUUGACUCUUUUAUACUAUUUUAUUUGUGUUUUCAUUUCAAUAUACAUUGUAUUCUUUUUCUAUUUUAUUUGUUUUUAUUUUCUGUUUUUAUGUUUUCAUUUAAAUUAUUUUUUAUCUUUGUUCUCCUUGUUUCUAUGUUUCAAAUCUUUAUAACUGAUUAUGAUUGCAGUGCU